CUGCUGAAGUGACGCGCUCGGUCCCAGAAUGCUGCCUGGUAAACAGACAUGGAAGCACCUGGUGAAGACCUCCACAGUCCCUGAGCACUGCACCCCCUUUCCGUGUUCCUCCUUCUGCCUCAUUCACAAUCUUCUCUAACGGCUCAUACAUCUGCUAGCUCUCGGAGCCUGGCUCGGAUCUCUAAGGUCCGGGACGAAGUUUGUAUGCCGUUAUAGAGGCAUGCCUAAAUCGUCUCCCUGCUUCAGGAAUCAAUAGAACAUGUACACAAAUCUGGGCUCUGGUAAUUACCCUGACUCACUACACAUUGGGACACUGCAACUCCAGUCCUGACAACAUGACCCUGCUUUCCUCGGUGAAGCAUGUCGGAAAGGGCCGAGGAGGGCGAGCCGCGGGCGGAGCAGCGCGCCAGAGCGCCGCCCAGAUACCAGCAGCAGCGGACUGAAGGCGCGUCAGCAAUGGCGGCCAUCGGCGAGCGCGCGGCGUCUCUCCCGAGUCCGGAAGUCGUGCUGGGCCAAGCGUGGAACUGCUGGCUGGACGCCGUGAAGCUGCACGCGACCGACGGCAUAGAACCAGAAGAAAGUUUUAAAGAGUGCGGGAGGAACAGAGAAGCCAUGCGACUGUGCAGAGACGAUAUGCCCAUUUUCGGGCAAUGUCCUGCGCAGGACGACUUUUACCUGGUCAUGUGCAGUCACUGCAGUCAAGUCGUCAAACCCCAGGCCUUCCAAGCACACUACGAGAGAAGACACAGCUCCAUUAACAAGCCAGCGUCCGCCUACCCGUCCUCGGCUGCGCUCCCGGGUCUUCCCUCCCGGGCCAGAACCGGUGGAUCGGGUGGAGGCGGCCCUGCCGGCGCCAUGCCCGUGGGUUCCUCCUCCUCCUCCUCCGCUGGAGGGAGCAACAACACCCACACAGCCAAAGAGAAGCUGCCUCACCGGAAGCCUCACUUCCCCCCAAAGGUGCUGCACGACGACAUUUUGACCCCAGCUGUCAAAGUGGAGAAGAUCCAUGUGAAGAUGGACUACAUCUCCUCCAAGCCUGGCCACGUGCCCGGUUCUUCCUCGUCGUCUUCUUCCUGCAGUACUGUGAGCUCCUCGCCCUCCAAGCUAGGCCUUAAUAGCCAGUCUGUACCAAAGGCUCAUCAGCUGUCCCCGGGGCACAUCCCUAAUGGAAAGGGCCACGUGUCUCCGCUGUGCAAGAAGCAGGACAGCAGCACCACCGUCAGUAGCAAAAGACCCACCAGGAAAGUGUUAGAACGCGAGUUUAAUCCCGACGUCCACUGUGGAGUCAUGGAUGUCGGAGCACGUAAACAAUGCACAAGAUCCUUAACAUGCAAGACACAUUCCUUAAGCCAGAGAAGAGCCGUGUCCGGGAGGCGGAAACGUUUCGACGUGUUGCUGGCAGAGCACAAGAAUCGAGCUCGGGAUAAGGAGCUUAAUCAACAACAGCAUAAAACGGAGCCAUCACAGCAAACCCCACCCCCUCUCAGGGAGCCCCACCCACCCCCUCACCACGGCAACCCUACGGUAGCCACCGCCGAUGCAGCCAAGCUCUUCCCCCUCAAAGCCAAACCCCACAAUCCUGUGCUUCCGCGCAGCAGCAGCUCUCACAGUGGGCCGAGCAGUUUAGGGGAUGCCGCCGCGACCCCUGACCCGACCCUGAUUCCCCACUGGACUCCCACGCCAGACGGCGCGGCUUGUCCCUCCAGUGACGAGGGCGAGAACGAGGACAGAGAGGAAAGCGCAGACAAACUGGACUGUCACUAUUCAGGUUACCAUCCACGGGCAGCUGCUUUCUGCACUUUUGGAAGCAGGCUGUUCGGGAGAAGCUGUUACUCCUUCGACCGGCGCUGGGAUCGAGUCCGAUAUGCGCUGGUGGCCAUGAUGGACAAACACGUCAACUCGCUAAUGUGGAAAAAAAUCCCACUUGCUUUGGAGAAUUCCUCUUCGCCGACGGUUACAUCGUCUCACCGGUCUAGCACAAACUCGCUGUCCUCUUCCUCAGGCUUUCUGAGCCCCUCCCCGCCACCGCCUUAUAGCCAGUCCCAUGAGAGCAAGCCCACCCUGUCGUACGGGACCACCCUAAAUGCCCGUGUCACGUCGCAGAGGGCCGGAGAGCAGCUCACUUACAGUGGGGGUGGCUCGUCCAGACAAGCGUCCUCCUCCUCACCCCAGAUGCCUUCAGCACACUCGUCGUCGCUGCCCUCCACUCCUGGCUCGAACAAAUUUGUUAAAUCUCGCUCCGGACCCAAGAACUACUGGGUCAAAGAGCCCUCCCCUGCUGCACUAGCUAGCUCCAGCUCCAUCAACAGCGGCGGCAGCGGCAGCAGUGACACCGGCAGUAUGAGCGUGAGUAGUAGCAGCAGCACGAUUAGCCUUGGCUCAACAAAGAAGCGCAAGAGCAGCUCUUUGCUAAAAUACGGCGCCGAAUCCUCUUCUUCCUCUUUGAAAAAAAACUGCAUGGUGAACUCAGGCACCUCAGGGAGCAGCUUUCACUCCUCGCUAAACUCCACAUCUUCUGUGACUUUUUCGUCGUCGUCGUCCUCUUCCUCACACAGCGCAGGUAUGAACUGUCCGUCGGGCCGCGGCAACUCUAUGAGCGCGCGCCAGGAAGCAGCCGAGCCAAUCAAACGCAUGAGCGUGAUGAUGAACAGCAGUGACUCCACGCUCUCGCUCGGCCCGUUUGUGAACAACCCAGACGGGAGAACCGACACAAAGAGGAGGAAAAGUUCACAAGCCACCAGCAGCCUCACUGGCACAGCUACCUGCACAGCAUCUGCAGGGGGAGGUGGAGGGGCACAGGGGCCUAGCAGCCCCAAAAUGGCCAAGUCUCUAGCCAUCAACAACAUUCACGGCAAACACGCGCGGCCCAUGCCGGGAACUCCGGGGCUUCACAACAACUCACUAAUACAUCAGCCAAAGGCCCGUCCCUGACACAGGUGGGCCGGCUCUGGGGGUGCGAAGCGGUGGAGCGGAGCUCCCUUAGCGCCCGUCACGGCACACUGCACGAGGCCUUCUUCUUCUUCUUCUUCUUCUUCUCCUCCUUCUCUUACUCUCAGCUUCCCACAAUCCUCAGGGUGGAGAGCGCACUGGGCUGCUGAGUGAAGGCGCACUGUUUCUCCCGCCCACAAGGGGGCAUCACACAGGUGGAGAAUACACCAUGAGAGGAGCACAUCGGUGUGUGUGUGUAUACGUGUGUGUGUUUGUCUGUGGUGGACGGUUGAAAUCGCAGACGCUGAGUGGCAAGCAAAGUGUGACGCAGACGUACAGUAAAGGGCUGGUUACAGGGCCACACUUACACAUCUACAGCCCCGUUUAGUAUAAUAAACAUAUUUAUUAUGUAAAAAGGGGAGAAUAUACAAGAAUGCAAUUCAGCACAUUUUUGAGAGAAUUUAAAGGCAAAAAAAAAAAAACAAUUCAUCGCAGUAUCCAAACUGCCUAAAGGUAAAAAUUAUGAGCAUUUGAAUUAAGUCUUAAUGUUCCUUUAGACAGCAUUUUGUUUACAUACAGCAGCCGUCGUGUAAAAGCUGCAUUUAAAUCAGCAGAAACAUCCUUAAACUUUAGAAAUCUAGAAUUUAAAGUUUUAGCUAAUUAACUCGGCCCAGUUCGGUUCCAAAAAACGGCUUAUUCGCGUUUGCGUACCACAAAAUUCAUCACUUACUAACGAGUCAAACUGAAACUUUGUCUUAAGGAAAGCUGAGCAGCUUCUGCUUAUUGUUUCCAUAAUUGCAUUAAAGGAAAUCUUCAGCUUUUCAUCCCUAUCCAUUUGAUCUCUCUGAAAAUAGCUAUGUACUAAAAAAACAACCGUGACAAACCAGGUUAACCUUUUGUUUAGUGUCAGCGCACAACCUUAAUCUUUUGUAUAAAUGAGUUACCCUUUUAACAGCACAGCAUCGUGCUAACAACCGUGUCGCGACGGUUAUAAUUUCCGUUAUAUAUUAGACCUAAGUGAGCCGGAGUAAACCGGUUCUCUGUUCUGAUUUACAGGACAAUGAAAAGGUGUCGAAAUCCUUAGCGUAGUAAAUGGAUCUCGCUAUAAACCACCACGUCAGCCUCUUCCCGUCAACAUCUGAACGAAUUAACACGUUACUUCUACGAGCCUAUAAGCCCGACUACCGGAUUCCUAAUAAACCGAUGCAGAGAUACAUUUUGCUGUAUAGAGAUACGGAUGAAAAUCACUGGAGUUUCCCUUUAAUCUUUUAUAACGAAGCUUCCCCUUCAUAUCCUCUCGAACCCUGACUUUAAACCAAGAACGCUCGCUUUUUAUUCGUACAGUCGCACAGUUUGCUGAUCACCUUUCGUACCCGUCGUACUACAAUCUCCCAGAUCUCCCUUAAUCACUACUGGAGACUUUCAGGCUGUAAGGGACGAGUGCUUAUGUGAACACACUAAAGGAGACCAUGCAAUUUUUUAUAGACUUUUUAUUAAGAUGCUGUGCAGCAACGAUGCACAUUUACACUAGAACAUGUAACGCGUUCAUCUCGUCUGUUAGCGACUUGACAGAAGCGUAAGGAAUACGUUCGCUCGUGGUUGCAGCUAAGAACGAACGAAAGACUCCGACUUAGUAUUUCCUUCAUUCUGCUGCUCUUCGUCCGUUAAGGACAGAGUCAACAUGAGCGCUUUCACACUUUGUGUUUUUUUUUUGUUGUUGUUUUUUUUUUUGUUUUUUUUGCUUCCUUCCCUCCAGAAGAAAAAGCGAGAGCACCGUAACCAUAACAACACACCGGCAAUGCAAUAGACUCGGUGUCAGAAAUCUCUGCACAUUCACUCGCAGGUUUAAUCGAACGUGAGCCGCCAAACCGAGCCAUAGCACAGAGCUGUAGAAAUGCAGUGUGUUUAUCAGAUUGGGAACUUCAAGCAGGAAAUAGGAAAAUAUCCACAGGAUAUACAGUAUACCCACUCUACAAUAUUUAACAAAAGGAUUAUAUAAGUUAGUCAUAUAAUUAUCUUCGUCCCUGUUCUCCAUGCUUGUAUUUCAUUUUAUUUUUUUCUCUGCGAUUUUUUUUUUUUACGAAUACGUUCUCAGCCCAAAUCGACUCUCAGAUCAAUGUGAAAUCAAACAGCAAACGGACUCUCACUCUGAUUGAGACUAACAGGUGCGUGAAAGCACCUUGACUUGGGGUUUUGUUUGUUCGUUUGUUUAGUUUUUCCCACUGGGACAUCUUGUACUGUCAUUUAAGGGGGGAUUCGAGUGUGAAAGCAGCCUAAAAUUCAUCCUUUGAUACUAGAACAGCGGUAGCGAGGUCAGAGGUCAGCGGCAAUACACACGACUACAGACUAUGAGACGAAUUACUGUGAGAAACUCCUAAGGUGACGCUUAGCCCUGUAGCCCCACGUGCUCUUGUACACACACACACUCACACACACACACACACACACACACACCACCGAGUGAACUGGAAGGAAAGCAAUUCCUGCUUUAGUGUAUGGAAUAACCACUAUAGUUUGUGGCGAUCAUUAACACGGACAGGAUUUUCUUUGCCCCCCAAUCAUAAACACCUGGGAAUAGAAUCUUGUUAAGCUUCGAGAGUAUUAAGUAUAUAGUCUUGGAGGAGAAGAGAGAAAAAAAUCCCAACUGAUGUCAGUCAGCGACCCGUAGCUGAGAGAAAAGAGAGCUUUUUUUUUUUUUUUUUUUUCUUCCUUCCUUUUCUAUCGACGAAUAUUGAAGUUAAUCCUAUUUCAGAAGACGUAUUUUGUUAAGAGAAAGAAAAAGAAUUAAAAAAAAAAAUAAUAGAAUCGAGAGAAUUGUACAUACGGAGAUGUAUUUUUGCACAGGCGUUUUCUUACACGUUUUUUGGUACAGUCGAGAUCGUUAUUAUUUAUUUAGCGAACGGAUCCGUUUUAAGAUUUAAGAAGUGGUUCACUGCCAAGCCAAUAAUGCAAUAUGCCUCUUAGUCACUGCUUCUUUAUAGCCGUGGACUGAAACCCUUAUAAAGCUGUGGAGAGAGAGAGAGACAUUUUUUUUUUCUUCUGCUAAGCGAAAUUAAUUAUGAUAUUAUUAAAAACUACGGCCCAGAUUUCAUCAAUCACAUUUCACCAGUUGUUCGUGUUUAAGGACGGCGUGGGGCUGCCAGAGAGAGAGAGAGAGAGAGGUUUAAUAACGAGAGGAGAAGAGUGAACACUUAAUGCACCACCGUUGCCAAACUUCUUUAUAUUUCCGAACACUGCAGUCGUUCUUUUUUGCAGCUUUUUAAAUAAUAACAAAGCGGAAAAGUGCCUGAAUUCGUUCCUCACCUGUUUUAUGCAGUAACUUCUGUUCCACAUUACACAAGUGUUCUAUCAACGCUUUUGUAGAAACUACUACAACUUCUGUCCAUUAUGUGAUCUUUUCUUUUUCACUGCGCGGUUAAAUUAAUUAACCUCGAGGGAAGACGGGUACAGAUCGCAUCCCGCCGCUUCAGCGCGGUUUAGAACACGCCCUCGUUAGCGCUCCCUCCCUCGAAGGAGGACGAAAUCAGACGACGGGAAUCAGACGAGCGGCCGCAUCACGUACAGGACGACAACAACAAAAAAUUGCGAGAUGAUUGAGCAGCGUGUAUUUCUAACACGUUAAGUAUUUGAUCGUGCUAAUCAGUCGACGUCUCGUCCCUUCGACGGCUUUGUACCUAACGCAGUUACGUUCGCAGACGAAAACACUGUUUUUUUUAAUCCAGAUCGAGGUUCACUUUUUUUUUUUUGGUCAAAUUUGUUCAAGCUCCACCGGCAAUGUUUUCAUACGAUGGAAAUGUAUUUUAUAAAAGAAGCACAGAUUUGGAUGUGAAUGUGAAUCACAGCUCAGAAAUAUCGAGAAAAAUAUCUAUAUUCAAGUGUGUAAAUUUGGGUUUUUUUUUCCUUUUGAUUUUUUUUUAUCUACAUAAUCAAAUCAUUUGAACAGCUGGACUUUUGUGUGUUGGCUGCUAUGUAAUUCAUGAACAAACAUAGUAGGUUAGAUUUACGUAAUAUUUAAAGAAAAAGAUUGUAUAGUCUAUUUGUUUUGUAACAUCUUUUCUGUAAAUAAAAAAAAAAGUAAUUUAUACUGUUAUUUAUAAGAAAAACAAA